UCUUUCGAAAAAAUGAUUCUUUUAUUCAAAUAAUAACGCAGUCUACAGCACAAUCUCCCUUGACAGGUCAAAAUGCCUGCUUGACCAAGCUGGGCCAGAUCUCCCGGUAGUUCUUCAGCGUCGCACUGCAUCUUGUGCAUAUAUCAAAGAUCCCUCGGCAUCGGUUCUUCUGCAUCGCUGUCGGGCGAGAUGCCCGUCGCCGUGGAGGACAGGGGCGGCGCCGUGGCGCUGAUGCUGGCGUCCCUCUUCCUCCUGGGCACAUGGCCGGCUCUCCUGACGCUGCUGGAGCGCAGAGGCCGGCUGCCUCAGCACACCUACCUCGACUACUCCAUCACCAACCUCGUCGCCGGCGUCCUGAUGGCCGUCGCGCUUGGGCAGGCUGGAGAUAGCAGGCCAGACUUCUUCACUCAGCUCACCCAGAUGCAGGACAAUUGGCCUUCAGUCCUAAUCGCAAUGGCCGGUGGCCUCGCCCUCAGUCUUGGGAACCUGGUCUCGCAGUACGCAUGGGCGUUUGCCGGCCUGUCAGUGACAAACGUCAUCUGCUCAAGCAUGACAGUCGUUUCAGGCACGACCAUAAAUUAUUUUCUCGAUGGUCGUAUCAAUCGAGCCGAGAUACUCUUCCCGGGUGUCGUGUGCUUCCUCGUGGCGGUGUUCCUUGGUGCAGCCGUCCAUUCUUCCAAUGCCAAUGAUGAUGAACAGAAGCUAAGCAUGAAGAGUGCAGACAUCGAGCUCAGCAAUGACUUUUCAGACAAAGCGAAGUUGCUGCCUGCUCCUGAAGAAUCGAAGAAUGGAGAUGCAGAAGAUUACAGCGCUUCCAAUGAGUUGAAACCAGGCACUGCAGAGUUCAUCAUCCAGGUUGAGGAGAGACGGUCAAUCAAGGUCCUUGGCCAUAGCAAGUUGCUAGGCCUCGGUCUCGUUUUCUUUGCCGGGGCCUGCUUUUCACUCUUCUCACCAGCGAUCAACCUGGCCACCAACGACCAGUGGCAUGCCCUGAGGAAGGGUGUCCCGCACCUGGUGAUCUACACCGCCUUCUUCUACUUCUCGUUGUCAUGUUUCGUGCUCGGCGCCUGCCUCAACGUCUGGCUUCUGUAUCACCCCAUGGCGGGAGUGCCAGCAUCGACCGCCGGAGCAUACGCCAGGGACUGGAACGGCAGGCAUUGGGCCCUUCUAGCAGGGCUGCUCUGUGGUUGUGGCAACGGUUUUCAGUUCAUGGGCGGCCAGGCUGCUGGGUAUGCUGCUGCUGAUGCAGUCCAGGCGCUGCCGCUUGUAAGCACAUUUUGGGGUGUCAUCCUCUUCGGGGAAUACCGGAGGUCCUCGAGAAAGACGUACUUGUUACUCUCGUCCAUGCUGUUGAUGUUCAUCAUCGCUGUUGCAGUUUUCAUGGCUUCAGCAGGGCAUAGGAAGGGAUUUGAUACCAAUGCUAGAUUCAUUGUAACCAGAUUGAACAGAAGUUCAGUUUAUCAAGACAGUAUGCACAGCUAGAGGAAGUUUCUAGCAAUUUUCAACAUGUCCAGCAUCUAUUAUUGAUUUCAACAAUCCAGAAUAUAACAGAAAAGAGUCUUCAAACCACUCAAGUACUCAAAGUGAGUCUCCAUGAACAAUUCUAAAAUACCAAAAAAAAAA